AAGAAGCGGGCGAAUUCGAAAUCCUUAAAUACAUUUUUGUCAUUUCGCGGGCGGGUGUUUGAAUGCACUCCAGUGAAUCUCCAGACUCAGUUUAUGAUUCUGAAUCUGAUUCAUCGACGGCAGCCGGUCUUUAUUUGCGCGAAUGUGUGCCAAGCGGGAUGUGGGCGUGACCGCCCCCAUCGAUAAAGUGAAGUGUUGCGGAGUGGAGUGCAAGUAUGGCUCCCAUUUGUGAAAUCCUGUGAGCUACGACUUCUGGCUGCUGCGGUUGGCUUUGCCAAAUAAAGCAAGAAACAAGUUAAAACAUACGUUCUCUGCGGUCUGACUCUGUGAAAUAAAAACAAAAAAGAAAGACAGUCACGUCCGUACCACUACAACCCCUUCCCCUGGAGGAAAUGCGGUAUGCAAAUUCAACCGAGAAGACUUCAUAAAAGCAAUGCAAAUAAUUAAAUAACAGAGCCAGAGCAAACAGUACGAAGCAGGAGCAGAAUGACAUGCUACUUGAGCUGGCGAAACUUGGAUUAACUAGCUGCGAGAGAAAUAAAUACGAAAUCCGAAAGCAAAUCCCCAACCAAUCCAAGUUCCAGCCCAGGUGCGACAACGACUGAUGCCCUCGCCCAACAAAAUGUCCUGGCGGGAAAAGGAGCGCUGCGCAGGAGCCGAAGGAGGUGGACGCGGGGCAGGCAUCCUGGCCGGGAGAAGUCCGGGAACUGCCAGCAUACUGUUGGCAUUUCUGGCAGCUGUCAGCUUUCGUGGCAUGCGAGCGCCGCUGGCAGCCACGGCCACCCCGAUGGAGAACGCAUCGCUAAUUACUCCGCCGGCGACGGGGACAAGCACUAUGGCGGUGGGGUCGGGCUCAACAGGAUCUCCUCUCCUGAUGCUAGGCGACGGCCUGCAGGAGCAGGAGGACACCACGGUGCUGGAUUCUUGGAGCGACAGGCCCGACACGGCGACGCUAACAAAGGGCUUCUCGAUUCCCACGUAUUUGCCGCCGUUUCCCGAGUUCAUCCCCGCCGACUUGCCGCACCUGCAGCAGAAUGCCUCCUUCGGAGUCGUGCAUUCUGCAGACAUCACCCCAUCCGGCAGUGCCACGCCAUCCAACGAGCAAUCCCGUCUGCACGCCUACGACAGCGAACAAAAGGCCCAGCAGUUGCGACGCGAAAAGGAGCUGGCCAAGGAGCGGGAGCUUCUGCCCCGUCGCCAGCUCAGCCUGCCCCCGCUGAAUGCCACCGUCCAAGCUGGCCAGCACGCCUAUCUGCCCUGCAAGCUCAACCAGCACUCCGGAAAACCGCUCUCCUGGGUGCGUUUGCGAGAUGAACAUAUCAUUGCGGUGGAUCAUACAACCUUCAUCAACGAUGCCCGCUUUGCAUCGCUGCUCCAGUCGUCCACAACGACGACAGUGGUAUCAGGGGCUGCCCUUCCAACUUCAAAGACCACCUCGGUUGCCCCGGGAAACGGCUCCACCCAUGGUGGUCCGGAAGUUCCGGAGAGGGGCAACGGCAGCAGCCUCAGCUGGACGCUGCAAAUAAAGUACGUGAAGCUGGAGGACGCCGGCUGGUACGAGUGCCAGCUGGCAACGGAGCCCAAAAUGAGCGCCAAGGUGCAGCUGUUUGUGAUAACACCCCGAACCGAGCUAAUUGGCGAUCGACAGCGCUUUGUGAAGGCCGGCAGCAAGGUGGAGCUCCACUGCAUCGUACGAGGCACCUUGGAGGCCCCCAAAUACAUUUUCUGGUACCGUGGCGACCAACAAGUCACUGCCGAAAAUGAGGCCAGCGGUGCCCAGAGCGGGUGGUACACGCAAAUCGACCGGAAUAUCUUCGGCAGCACCGAGCAUAAUCGGAACACGAUUGGUUCACUGGUCAUUCCCCUUGUGCGCAAGAUUCACUCCGGCAACUAUACGUGUGAGCCGGAAAACAGUGCGGCAGUUUCCAUGCAAUUGCACGUCCUGAGCGGGGAAUACUCCGCCUCUGCCAUAAAGUCGACAGCUGCUGGCCUCCAUAGAUUGGGUCACGGCUACAGCAGUCUUCACCAGUGGUUAAUCUUCCUCCUGGUGGCCCUGAACAAAACAUGAGUGUUCUAAACAAAAUACCUUCACGGAGAGCGCUGGAAUUAUCAUCCAAUCGGGGUGUAUCGUCUAAGACAUUAGUUUAAUUUCUAGGUAAAUUGCACUCACACUCAAAAGAUUGCCAUUGCUAAUUCCGCUGACACUUCUUAAAGUCUAAGCCCAACUUUCCGAAUAUAAACAGCAUUUUUAUACAAA